UGGAGACCAAGCUACAAAGAAUUUGUAGUUCCAAUGAUUUCAUUAUUGAUGUAGGCAUUAAGUAAAUUGUCUGCAGUACUGUAGAAUAAAUUGAUACUAAUCUAAUCUGUAUGUAUAUAUUUUUUGGAACUCCUGUGUCCUGUAGUUGAAAUGAAGAGAAAAUUGUGUUAAACUUAUAAAUAUUUCUAUCAUUUGCAAACUCCUUCAUUAAAAAAAUCAGUUCAUAAUGUCAGGUAGCACUGAACAGCGUGUGGCUCAAGCACUGGCUAAUCGGUAUCAACAUGUUGCCAAGACCAAGACGGACUGUAUGAAUUUACUCAACCAGUAUCGAGGCCUUGCUGCCAAAUUGGAUAGAUUUGUGUUUAGUAGUGGAACAUCCCGCUACCUGCUGUGUCUUGAGGGAACUAUACCUGUUGUCUACAAAGGUAGCACCUACAACAUCCCCAUCUGCCUGUGGAUAUUGGACACCCACCCAUACUCUGCCCCCAUGGCUUUUGUCAAGCCGACUGCAGAUAUGCUCAUCAAGGCCUCUAGGCACGUCGACCAAAAUGGCAAGAUCUACUUGCCUUACCUCCAUGAGUGGAAUCCAGACGUUUCAGAUUUGAUUGGCCUGGUGCAAGUGAUGAUCAUGACGUUCAGUGAGAUGCCUCCUGUCUAUGCAAAACCUAAAGGAGCGCCUCCUACUCCAGCCCAGCCUGCCAUGCCAUACCCAACUACCCCGUAUCCUACCCAGCCAAGUUACCCGGCAUACCACGGAGGAGCGGGCUACCCUCCCUCCAACACAGGGUAUCCUGCACCAGCAUAUCCUCCCUACCCGCCCCCCGGCAACUUGCCCUACCCGACACCUUAUCCUACUCCUGCUGAGAAUACUCUAGCUGGUGGCUCUGCUUCCAUGGCCGCUGCUGCAGGAAAUACGGGCACCAUAACUGAGGAACACAUUCGCCUGUCGCUGGUGUCUGCAGUAGAGGACCGAGUGCGUGACAAGCUCCGCGAGAAACACGGCGACGCGCAGGCCGAGGUUGCGGUGCUCAAGCAGCAGAAGGCCGACCUCGAGCGAGGGCGCGCCAAGCUCAACAAUAUGAUCAGCAAACUCCAGGCUGAGCAGAACGAAGUGAAUAAAAGCAUCCGUGUGCUGAGGGAGCGUGAGGCUGAGCUCCGUGGUCUGGUCGAGCAGAGCGAGAGCACUCAGAAAGAAUUGGACAUCGAUGAAGCCGUGACCACAACCGCACCUCUCUACAGGCAACUUGUAGCUGCGUACGCGGACGAACAAGCCACCCAAGACGCUAUAUAUUAUCUGGGCGAGGCCCUGAGACGCUCAGUGCUCGACCUGGACACGUACAUGCGCCACGUGCGCGCUCUCAGCCGUCGACAGUACCAGCUCCGCGCCACCAUGUCUCUCUGCCGGCAAAAAGCAAACCUUGCCCCAUAAUUUCUGCAUUUUUAUCUGCUUUAAUAUGCCUUUAGAUCAUAAUGUUCCUGCACUUCGGAUAGUCUUUCAAUUUAUUGAAUGGCAAUAUUGACCUUUUGUAACUAACUUGUCAUUUCUUGCACUACAAGAGGAAUUUAUGUAUUGUACCUAUAUGCUAGGGCACUGUUAAAGAGAGUAACUUUGAGGAGACCUACUUCUCACCUGGCAUAUACACUGUUAGAAAUAACGGUGAAAAAAUUGUCUAACCGGCGUUCUAGUGGCUGGGCCGCUCCGUGAUAAUAAACAUUUUCUCCGUUUUUUUUUCCAACUGCGGUGCGGAUUUCUUGUGUUAUAUUGAAAGAAAAACAUCGACGUUGUGUUUUAUUUCACGUGCUCUCGGCCACUGACAUGUCGAUCAGACUUUUUCAGGGCGUUUUUCAAACGUUGGUACGUUAAAAAUAACGUUUAUUGAACGUUGUCUCAACGUUAUUUGACUGGAAGAUAGUUGUGUCAUCUUAAAAGUACUACUCACGUUGUGUAGAAGCAAGCUAUCUGGCGCGGCGUAUAAUUGUGGGUAGGAUGUGUUUUGUUCGUUUCUUGAGAACACAAAUUUUUGUCAUUUUCUUUUCAGAUUUAUGAAGCAGGUCAUUGUAAUAACUUAUUGAAAUUCUCAUAAAGUUAAUAGUUUUAUCAUAGCGUUCUCGUUGUAUGAUUUUUGAAAGUUGAGUGCUAAGUAAUGCUAGUAAUUAUUUUGUCUAUUAUUUAUGGAAUACUUCAUUUUGCUAUGGAUGUACUUUGUGAUUAUAAUUAUGUACUCUAGUAGAAUUCAUUUCAUCCAUAAACCACACACUGGCCUGGUGCAAUGACUACCAAUUAUAUACCCAGGAAUACAGGACUGUCAUUUGAGAUAAAGCAGCAUUUUUAAAUUACUUUAGCAUUACCAUCACUUUAGAGUUCAGUGGAGUUAUGGGUGCGUAAUUCCGCUUAAAUAAUGCCUUCUGAAUUGAUUUCUUUCUGUAAUAUGUAUAUGUAAUUGUAUAAUUGUUUUGGUACAAGUCAAUUGGAUGUAUUGUUUACUUCAGAGUAUUGGUGAGAACCUUGCGUGUUCCCGGUAGUCUGGGUAAAAGAAAUGUUAUUCCUUCAUUUCAGGUUUUUCUGAAAUUCAACUAUUCAUCAGAGCUGAAUUAGCAUUUUUUUAUUGAAGAAAAUGUUUCUAACAUUAAUUGAAAUCUAUUUUAUAAAGUUUCACUAAUUCUUCUUUGAGAUUCGAAGAAUGUCAUCAAUGAUGAGUUUACAAUUUGCUCUGGAGUCUGGAGCUCUUCCAGGGAUGAACUUAAUGGCCAUUAUAUUUUAUAUUAUCCUGUAUAUGAAAGUAUGACUUAUUGUAUGGAUAAAUAUAGUAAUUUUAAUUUGA